AUGGGAGACUCUGACAAGCUUUUAAAUGAUCUAAUUCAAGCUUUGAACAGUGAAUUUGCUCUUAAAGACCUUGGAGAUCUUAGUUAUUUCCUUGGGGUCGAGGUAUCGUAUCCUACAAAUGAAGGUAUGUUCUUAUCCCAAGCAAAAUAUAUUACUGACCUCUUGCAGAAGAUGAAGAUGUUUGAUGCCAAACCUAUCUCAACUCCAAUGGUCAGUGGACAGUUAGUAUCUGCUCAUCACAGUGAGAACUUUCAUGAUAUACAUUUGUAUUGUAGUACUGUUAGAGCUUUACAAUAUGCUACACUUACACAUCCUGGGAUAUCUUACAAUGUAAACAAAGCAUGUCAAUUUAUGCAUUCUCCUAAACUUAUACAUUGGCAACUUGUUAAGAGAAUUUUGAGAUAUCUCAAGGGUUUCUUGUCUCAUGGUUUAUGGCUUCGAUGCUCUACAAACUUAUCUAUUGUUGGUUUUGCCAAUGCCGAUUGGGCUUCUGAUCCUGAUGAUAGGAAAUCCACAUUUGGUUAUUGUGUCUACUUUGGUAAUAAUUUGGUAUCUUGGGGAUCCAAGAAACAAUCUAUUAUUUCCCGAUCAAGCACUGAAGUAGAAUACAGGUGUCUUGCUCUUCUGGCUACUGAAUCAGUGUGGAUUAAUUCUCUUCUUUGUGACUUAGGUAUCACUUUAUCUCAACCCCCAGUUUUGUGGUGUGAUAACCUUAGUGCUUUUCAUUUAAGUGCUAAUCCUAUUUUGCAUUAA